AUGUUGAGGGGGAUACACUCCCUUUUUGCAUACAUUACAGGCGUAUGUGAAAAUAUAAAAAGUGAGAAAUUUCGUAUUGAUAUAUAACUCAAGUUGUCUAAAUUACUAGAGAGCUAUUAGCAUUAAGAGAAACGCAAAAGAGGGAUAAAGAAAGAAAAAGAGACGGUGUUCCGCGCCAUUGAAAUGCAAAUGUCAGAACAAGGAGAGAUUGUAUUUUUGUGUGAGUGUGUGUGUGUCUUUGGAGAGGAGGGGAGGGGGUCUGCAGAGUGGACAAGUUUGAGAAAGAGGGGACUUGUUGAGGAAAAACAGCCACACACGCACUCGCCAGUUCACACAGCAACAGCGGACGACGUUAUGGUCCGCUUCAGGAGCCCACACGAAUUUUAAGAUUUUUAUUUUUAUUUUAUUUUAUUUUUUAACUAACUCUUUCAAAAGAAGCCAAUGUAGUCUUAACGCAUCCUGCAAGGUGGAUUAUUUACGAACAAGGGAGUUCGGUAUUUAUCUAUUCAAAACCGGUUUUAUAAUUUGCAUUGCAAAGUUGGUUGAUGCCUGUAACUCUCACCGGCUGCUCGUGAAUCAUGUCACGCCGGAAACAGAAACGGCCCCAGCAACUCGUUAACGCGGACCCCGGGGGCACGCGCUUGAUGCCGCAAGAUGACCAGCUUCUAGUGAAAUCUCCAUCCACCUCUCUUGCCUCUGAAGCUACCUCGUCAUCUUUGUCCUCCUCUCCUACAUCACUUCAGGACUGUCAGCCUCCUUUGGCCCCAAGACCAUCUCCUGGUGGCCUUCACGCUCCCUCGCUCCCAAAUGAGAGCUCAUCUCCUCCCCACUGGCCAAAUCACAUUGCCUCAUAUUCUACAUCUCUGCCUAAUGCACACUCAUCUCUCUCUCCGGAUUUCCCACAUCCUUCCCUGUCGUCCCAAACCCACUCUCCUCCCCCUAGCCAGCAGAAAUGCACUUAUAUUCCAUCUCAUCAGCCCCACUCCACUGUGACGUCCCCACCAAUGGGUAUUUCUGCAACCACCACUACCUCCUCUUCCUCGUCUUUAUCCUCUUCAUUGUCACUGGGUGCCCCACCUCAUCAAGGAAGUCCUAGUCCCAUCCACCAAACUCCUUUAUCACCUUCAGAGCAACUCCAGGUGCCUCCGACCCUCGCUGUACUGUUAGAAGAGCUUAGGGUCCUGCAGCAAAGACAGAUUCACCAAAUGCAGAUUACAGAAGAGAUCUGCAGGCAGGUGCUGCGCCUAGGUGGUAUGGUCAGUGCCCAAGAUGCACCUCAGGGAUCUGUGGAGGGUCAACAGAGUGAUGCAAGCUCUAGCUCCCCACCUAAUACUGGUGCUUCUUUAAUUCCCCAAGCUCCUACAUCCAAGCCCAACCAAUCUCACACAAAUGGAUCCAGAGCUCCUUAUUCCACAACUUCAUCUUCGACAUCUUCCUCAUCCUUAGUCACCUCUUCAGCCUCUAUGCACCCUCUCUCUCUAACACUAGGACUUCCACCUCGUUACCUCAAUGAAAAGUCUCCCAACACCUCCAUCAGUCAUGGCAAUGGCGUGAAUUUCCCAACUCCUCCCUUGACCACGGUCAGCCUCUCCCAGGACCAGCUCUCAGCAUCUCUCAGUUCCACUAUUAGUAUGUCAAACGGAUCGUCAAGCUCCUCUUCAGGCCGCCAGCAGCACAUCUGCCGGUUCUGUGGGAAGGUUCUAAGCAGUGACUCCUCAUUACAGAUCCAUCUGAGAUCCCACACCGGUGAGCGUCCAUACCAAUGUCCGGUCUGCCUUAGUCGUUUCACUACCCGUGGCAACCUCAAAGCCCACUUCCUCCGUCACCGUGAGCAAAAUCCAGAGCUGUCGCUCUCUCUCUUGCCACCUGCUCUGUCUGAGCAGAGCCAAUCAGGAUCUGGCUCAGGGCCAUCACAGAGGCGCAGAAAACGUCGAGCGGAGGAUGAGGAGCCUUUUGGGGUUAAAGGUAGUGUAGGUGUGCCAGAUAGUUUAGCUCGUGGUUUCCUGUCCGGGUCAUCUCAUCCAUCUCCCUCCUCCCUUCCGUUGCCACCCAGUGUUGAUCUGGCCCUGCUUUCCACCGCCCACUCUUUGCUACAGCUAAACCGUGCCUCAGCUGCAGCCGCAGCCUCUGUUUCCACUAGUGUGCUGUCAUCUUCAUCCAUCACCUCCUCUGCAAUGACUGGCCAAUUCAAAGGUGCAAAGCAGCAGAGGUUUGAUGAGAAUACACCGCCACACUCCACUUUACAUCCUGGUUCUCCAUAUUCCCAGCUGGCACAUCUUCCAAAGAUUCUCUUCCCAUCAGGCCCCUCUGCCCACCAUCCUAGCCUUGCCCUUCUUCGCCCUCCUCACCUCCUUUCCCCACACCUCCCACUUACCUUCCCUUUCUCCUCGUACCACAAACCUCAAAACUCCUCUCCUCCCUCCUCCUCUCCAUCCUCAUCCUCCGCCACCUCUGACACCUCCAAGCUGCAGAGACUGGCGCAGAAGUUAGAGAAGCAGCCCCUCCCAAAAAGCACCAAUGAAGGCCAGGCUCAGGCUAAUGACAUAUCCACAACCUCCAACGCUAAUGUUAUCUCAGCUUACAGGAGGGAGAUGAUGGCAGCCUUAGGGCUGAACCCGAAUCCCAGCGGUGAGCCUGCCAGCCAAAAGCUCCAAGGGUCAACUGCCUCCUCUUUGGUUCCUAAUCAGUGCGGGGUAUGCCUCCGUGUCCUCAGCUGCCCAAGGGCAUUACGUCUCCACCAGGCCACUCACUUAGGUGAACGUCCAUUCCCCUGCAAACUCUGUGGCCGCUCCUUCUCCACAAAGGGAAGCCUAAGGGCUCAUCUGGCCACACACAGAGCACGUCCAGCCAAUGCACGGGGCCAGAAUUCAUGCCCGCUCUGUCACCGCAAGUUUACCAAUGCUGUGGUACUGCAGCAUCACAUUCGGAUGCAUCUGGGGGGGCAGUUGCCUCCGGAAGGUAAUGGGGACCUGCAGUCAGAGGAAGACCCUGGUCAAAUGGAUGGGGUUUCUUUACCCAAAAAUCUUCAGUCUCUUCCUCUAAAUAUGAGCAUGUCUUCCUCUGCCAGCUUACUGGAGUCUGGUGCUAGCCUAAGAGAUACUGCAUCAGGUGAUGCAGAUCAGCUCAUGGAGUCAGAUCAAGAUCCCUAUGACAACACACCUGAGACUAGUCCAACCGUCACCCUGGAGAAGGAGGGCCCCUCAGGAGAAAACAGUCCACCUGACAAUUCAGAUGAGAACCAUUAUGGCACAGUCCAUCAGAGCAAAUCUCAAGUUGUAAAUGGCUCUGCAGAAGAGGAUGAAGACAUGCCUUUAUCUCUCUGUACCCGGACCAACUCCCAGGACACCUUAUUUGAUAAAAAAUGGCACAAUGGUGCUUCACAUCAAACAAUGAUUAGCGGGCCAAAAGCUAGUUUAAACUCUGAAGCUCUCAAUCUGUCACCUGCCCUCACUCCACCCUCCAGCCCAGGGUUGUCCACUGAGUCAAAGUCAGACCAAAGCAGCGAGCAGACAAUGCUUCAUGUGAAUGGAAUCGACCAUGUUCUUGAGCCCAAUGAUGCUGACUCUCACCAAGCCACAGAGAAUGCUUCUUUGCACAUUCCAGACAGAGCCGUAGAUCAGAAGGGGAAAGCUAAGGAUUCAAAAGAGUCGGCAGAAGAGGAUCAAAGGAAAGAUAGAGAAAAGACCGAAGUGACAUCAUCAGAGACCCCUGUAGCCCCUCCACAACCACAGCGCUCAGAGAAACCUUACAGCUGCACAGAGUGUGGAAAAGAGUAUGCUAGCCGCAGUGGAUUGAAGGGGCAUAUGAAAAUCCACAGCGGAAGUAUGAAUCAGUUGGCCAGUACUGCAUCCUCACAGUCCUCUGAGGGAAAAGUUGUGGAGCGUGCGGAGGAGUUGACCCAUCAAAAACUGAGAGGAGAGGAUGCUAAAAACAUGUCAGAGAAAAGUACAAAUAAAUUGUCCUUGUCUGAGCAUCCGGUGUCUACUACUGACGACAGGCCUGAAGACACUGCUUAAAAGAAUGUGAUUAGUUAGGUUUUAGCACUAUUCUUGUUUACUGAUUUCUGUGUCAACUUUUUUUUUUCCAACUUUGUGGUUAGGAGUAGUUUUUAAUUGUUUGAUAUUGUAAAACAUUAGUAAAUCAGUCCAUAUGUAAUAGUAGUGCCUUUUCAUGAAGACAAUUAAAUCAUAUUGAUAAAGACUUGGUCUUUCGACUUCAAAUAUCAGGAUGCACAGAAAUUGGAUCUUGAAUAUAGUAUUUGUGUAUAACAAAUGACAAGCAAAUUAAUUGUGUGUCUAAGUGCAAUUUCAGAAAUCAAUUUGGAACUUCAGGAUACUCGUAAAAAUACAUGUAAAACAUAAAAAAUAUAUAUAAUUUUGAGCAAAAUCUAGGGAAAAAAGGGACUGACCUGAUGUGUGACAUGAGAGAGGAUUAUAGGGAUCAUACCAAAACUGAUCAACUGAUGUGCAGCUGAAUGUAAAUAUCAAUUUUGUUUUAUGUACCCUGUUUUUAUCUACUUUUAUGCUGCUGUACUUUGUAGGUAUUUCUCUAAAUAGCUGCACUAUAUCUGUGACUGCUGAAACUCUUAUUGACAAGGGAGGUUUAAGAUGACGAUGAUGGGAUUGAAUUGCUGAGAGGGUCAGAUUUACUUUCUGCACAAUGCCUGUUCUUCAACUUUCUUUAUUUAAAAUCCCCACUGAUUUGUAUGUAUUAAGGUUUUUUUUUAUUGUUGACUAUGAAAAACAGCAAAUCAUAUUAGUUUUCACAAUGCUGCAGAUGAGCAAAAGCAGCUCAAAAUUGCUAAAGAUUUAAAGCUUUCAAUAUUUUUGUAAUCUUGAAGGUUGAAGCAACUUUGUUGGCCCUGUUGAACUCUAACAACUUUGUGUUGUAAUUUUAUUGGAUGUAAUGUGGUCCUAACUUGUCAAAAAGAGAAAUAAAGUCCGAAUGAAUGUCUCAAGAUUUGUGCUUUUGUUUUUUUAAUGUAUG